AUGGAUGAGCAGCAAUGUGACACAAAUCAGCCUCUAAUUGAAGAAGCUAAAACAACUGACGGUAUUUCAGAAAAUUUAGAAGUGCCUACCCCUGAAUCACAACUAGAAACACAAAGUGAAGCUAAAACAGAGGCACCUCAGCAUAAUGAAACAAAAUUGCCUAUACAAAAUCACCAAAAUGUGCAGCUUGUAAUCUGCCCUAAAUGCAAAAAUGAGGUAAUUACAAUUACAAAGCUUAAGCCUGGACUUAUAUCAUAUUUGUGCUGCUGCGCUAUGGUGUGCUUACUUAUUCCAUGCUGCUGCGUUCCUUUUAUGUGCAGGCCAUGCCUGGAUACUUCUCAUAUAUGCCCAAGAUGUAAAACAGAAAUUUAUAGCUCAGGAUUAUUGCCUAUGUAA